AUGUGUCAAAACCAACAAUCCAAUUUGCAGCAGGCGGAAUCGCCCACACAAGAGCAAUCUGUGACUGGCGAACAAGCAUCAGAAGCGAACAAAGACGAUUGGGCCGAUGUCAGUGACCCCAGUGAACGAAGAAAGAUACAGAACAAACUGGCUCAAAGGAGAUUUCGUGACAGGAUCAAAGAGCAAAGGGAGGAAGCAGAACGAGAGUUGGAGAAUAUACGAAGAGCUGGAGGCUCGUACGCACCACCAGAGCCGGAAAGCAUCGACACCAGUCAGACUCUUUCCGGGCUACCUUGGGGUGGUAUCUCAAUGAGGCAUGUGAUUGAACAAGGAAAGAACAGGCAACAAAGUUUGCAAAAUAAUAUACGCGGCGGCUGUACAGAUCUCACUGAGCAUCUCAAAGAGGACAAAAACAGUAGGUAA